AUGCUCUUGGCUUCGGCCGUCCUAUGGAUGGUGUGGGUCCCGAACGUGGUCUCUGCUGCCUGCGCAGACGGUCCAACGACACUGACUACCGAAGCGUGUUUUGGCUGCAACGACUACGAUUUGUGUCUCGGCUCAUCGUCUGCUUCGACUUGUGUUGGUCCCGAGUGCGAGGCGCGUACAGACUGCACCUAUCAGUGUCUACCUGUCGACACAAGCUCAGCGACGCUGAUUGUGCUGGUGGCCUUCGGGUCCUACAAAAGCGACGAGGAGCUAACAAUGGGCGGGUACACAAAGUCCGACUUGGCAGGAUAUGGGGACGAGACAAGCAAGUGGCCGUCGGUGUCGAAUGACCAAGUCAAAGCGCUUGGAAGGAUCAGCGUCUCUCCUGCAGUCACGACUUUUAUUGCGUCAGGUGGACAAGCGGCGGUGGGGUACCCAAAAGGCAAGGUCUCCAGCAUCAUCCUAUCGUCGAAUAUGAUCGCAUUGGCAACGUCAGUGACCACCGUGAGGCUCCAGAAUCUUGGUCUCGCGAACCAAAUCGAGACACUUGCGGCCUUUCUGCCAUCAUCGGUCGAGUCGUUGGACCUCACGAAUACGCUCCUCACAGCCUUUCCUUCGGAACUUGGCAGUCUUCAAGUACUCAAAGAUUUAGUUUUGGACAGCAACUACGUGACGACCGUGGCCUCUGUCGAAGAAGUUGAAUCGAUCACCACAUUAAGUAUGCAGAACAACAACCUGGUUGACUUUACGGCGGUGUUCACCAAGUUGGAGAACCUGUGCCUCAGCGGCAAUGACUUGACGAGCAUACCCAGUGCUAUAUACCGACAUGCAAACCUGAAGACAUUGAACUUGACCGGCAACUCGUUCGCUUCACGCAAUUUUAGCAGCAGGCAUGCGAAUUUCUUAAACAGCUUGCAGACGCUGGGUUUGUCCUCGUCCGACUUCGAUGCUGGAGUGGACUGUGGCGACCUAAGGCAGAGCUUCAUAUUCGAUGUGCUUGUGUGCAUCACCGAUGAUGGCGAUUUAGUGCUGAGUCCCACAGCUAUUUCCUCUACGUCCGGGUCCAAAGGAUCACAGGAAGCAGACACUGCUAGUGCGUCCUCGUCUGCUUCAUCACCAACGACCUGGGUUUUGGGCACUCUUUGUGGCGCAGCCACUGCGAUGUUCGCUGCGUUCGUAUUUGUUGCUCACCGACGAAAAGAACGCGAAGAAGCAGACGUCUCGAUUGCAAGUGAUACAGUCGGUUGCAGCAGUAGCAAUUUCUCCUCCGCUGACAACUGGCACCAAGUGCUUAUGCAGUGUCGUGGCAGGAGGAGAUCCGGUGACGUUGACGUAUUUAUCCCAAGACCUUCUAGCGUUGCUUCAAUGAGUAUCCCGACUGUGACAAACGAGGAUAGUGAGGUCUCUGAAGCACCAGCGACUGCCACUGCAGGUGUUUAUAGCAUUCCUCCAUGUACGUCUGCAGGAGAAUCCGGCUACAAAAAUAAGUCGCAGCAGUUUAUGUCGAUAUGGAACGACCUUGAGCUGCUUUCGAUGCAACUACACGCAUCCGCAAUCGAAGAUCUCAAGCCUCUUGGCAGUGGAUCAUACGCCACCGUUUGGCUAGUAAGAUAUCGUAACCUACAAUUACUGGCAUCGAAGCGUCUCCGUCCGGAAAGGCGAACAAAAAUGCACACUGCUGCUUUCGUGAAAGAGAUCAAGCUGGUUGCUAAGUUUGAGCAUCCAAAUUUGGUGAGACUUAUUGGCGCUGCGUGGACCGAUGACACUGAUUUGCAGAUGCUGUCUGAGUACGUGGAAGGAGGUGAUCUCCGAGAAUACUUGGCUGAAGCGAGUACGCCAAGCGGGUGGACGACCUCGAAGUUCAACGUUGCGAUUGAUGUUAUCGAGGCGCUCGUGUACGUGCAUUCGUUUGUGCCUCCACUUGUCCACCGUGACUUGAACUCGAAAAACGUGUUGCUCUCAUGUGACAUGGAAGCCAAGUUGAGCGACUUUGAAACCCCACGACUGAGAUCGAUGAAUGAAAGUGGAACGGAUGGAGUCGGUGCCGUUCGGUGGUUUGCACCCGAAGUGAUUCGAGGCGAGUCUGACUACGGUCCAGCUGUUGAUAUCUUCAGCUUUGGAAUUUUGCUGACUGAGUUGGACACUACCCGCAUUCUGUACAACAAUGUUCGUGGUUCCAACGGCAAGCUAAAGCCCGACUUGACAAGUCUGCACCGAGUAGCGACAGGAGCAUUGUACCCGAAGGUCAGGACAGGUUGCCACCAAGCGUUGACGGAUCUGGUGGAGCGAUGUUUGCUCGCAGACCCGUCCGAGCGUCCGACUGCUCCUGCCAUUGCUUACGAGCUUCGUGUGAUCCAGCAGGACAUUCUCUUGAAGUAA